AUGUCCAGCCCCGGUGACCUCGAGUUGGAGUUCGAGUCGCUGCCGUCGGAGGCUACACCGGCGGCGGCGGCGGACAUCGACGACAUCUUCGAUGCGACUUCCCCCUCGGGGAAAAGUGCGUUCUGCAUCGUUGACAAAAAACCCUUCGACAGCAAGCGCAAGGUGGACAUGUGCCCCGGCCACGCGAGGGACUGGGAGGCCCUCCUCGCCCAGGUGGAGGGCAAGAAGGAGAAGAAAUACGUGAUGGCCCUGAAGAAGAAGGCCGCUACAAGCGAUAACACGGAACUCAUGACCCUCGUUGCCAAGUUCCAGGCAGACGCGCCCUCUUUGGGGCGGGGGCGCGCUCGCGCCCAAUUCGACUUCGCUUCGUUCUUCAAGGACACCUACGCAGCCACCGAGACCGUGGACGACGUGGAGAGCGAGAUGAUGACGUUCCUAGUGUUUGAAGAGCACAGCCGGACAGCGCGAGGCGGCAAGUUGACAGACCCCAAGAUCGCGUCCGAGUGGGCCAAACUGACAAAGGCAGCCUGCGAGGACAAGCUACCAGGCGCCAAGUUCGACAACGAUGGCCCCGAGGGGGCCCUUCGGAUCAAGGUGAAAGUGAAGGGCACCGUUCACGACCUGAGCAAGAUAGGCGAGCAGGUGACGGUCCGGGAGCGGGAGAAUGAACAGAAGAGGCCUUCGAAAAGAAUAGUGGACGGCAUGAAGCGCUCUUUGACAAACUCGCACUCGUCCUUCGACGAACUGAGGAGUCUCGUAGACGAGGAACUUGUGGCAGACCGCAAGAAAGAAGGGGCGUCAAACCCAUCAUCGAGCGCACCGCCAGCCCUGGGCAUCUUCUCGGCGAGGCCGUCUGCGGGGUCGUCGAAGCAGAAGAAGUUCGACCGCGACACGCAGAUCCUCAACACAGAAGGCAAGCCCCUGAACUACGUCGAGAAAGUGCGGAGGCUAGCGGAUGCGACGAUGGACGAGUUGGUGGCCUGCGAGACGAGCAUCAAGCAGACAGCCAUUCAGAACGACUUGGACUACUACAAGAAACACUUGGACAUCUUGCAAGUGCGCAAGGAGGCCCUGGUCGCCGUCAUGCACAGCAAGGCGAGCAUGGCCGUAAUGCAGGUUAGCCAGAAGGAUGCGGUGAAGACGGGGCAGAGGAAGUCGCCAUGCCCGGACUUCGCCACCAUCAUGUCCCUCGAGCAGUUCAAGGACAUGCAGCACGUGAUCUCCGCAUCGACUACCGCCGAGGAGUUGAAGACCGCCGAGAACCAGUGCAAAGCGGAGAUGGCCAAGAUGAACCAACUCAUCAGCGCGAACAAGGCAAUCGUCAAGGAGUCCAACUCCUUGCUCAAAUCCCCGGCCAAGAAGCCCAAGCUGGACGCUACGGGCGACCUCUUGAACUUCGAGUACCAGGAGAGCCAGCAGACGUUGGCCAUCAACUUCAGCGCGCUGAGCGCUAACUCUCCGGACUUGCUGGAGCCUUUCGUGGUGACAGGCUGCCCGGUGGAUUUCGCAGUGAAAGAGGAGAUGCUGAAGGCGUUCCAGCAGAAGUUCACCAACUGUCCACAGCGGACCAGUUCGGGGCGCGCAACUGCGCCGAUGAAAGACCCUACAGAUCAGCAGCGUGCAGUGACAGCCUUGCUUGGGUGCUUCCCCUAUGACCUCUUGAAGAACAUGCACAGCUCGGACGCCUUCAAAACAGAUCAUCCCGAAAUACUCAAGCUCCUCGAGCCGGCCUUGUCAGCGAUGGCUGCCGACUCCCAGUACGGCGGCGUCGAGAAUUUUUUCAUGUCGAAAAUGCGCUUGACUCUGCAGGGCACCGUGAACGUGGUGAUGCUGCGUGCUGACAACUACACGGCGUGGUGUGGCAAGCACGGUGAGGCCGCGAACUCCAAGGGCGUGAACAUCGAGACUGCGUUCAAGAAGAUGGCUGCCAUGACGACCGCCGAGGUUGCUGACUUUAUCAAGGACCAUCCGGGAUCCAUCAAGCAGGCAACGAUCGGGAAGGGGGACUGCGUGUAUGUGCCCAUCGGAUGGAUUCUGAUGGAGCACGCGAAGCCUGGGAUCGACAUGACGUGUGUGAAAAUGUCAGUGCUCCACUUCCUCCAGGGCGAUGGCCUCAGUUUCGCCACCAAGGCCAUGGAGCUGCUGAUCUCGAGCAUGGAGGGCAUGUCCAAAAACGUUGAUUUGGUGAAGGAGGUUUACGAAUUCAUCAAACAUAAUCCCGAGCCAACAGCCGAGAUGAAGGAUGAGCCCAAACCGUAG